UCUCUCGAAGCCGGCCGAACCCUUCUCCUUCACCGCUUCCACGACCAUCGCUGCUCCUGUUGUUUGCCGGAUCUCCUGACUUGGGUCUGGCAACCGAUUCACUAUCACGAGAAUCGGAUGCAUGCCACCGAACACUGGGAGAGAAAAUAUCGAAUUUUACUGCCUCGCUUAGUCGCCAUUGGUUGGUUGGGAGGGAGCUUUCACGGCCUGUUCUUGGGAAGUUCUGGGUCGCAAUUGAGCUAUAAGACGAUCGGAGCUCUCGAUUGGGUUGCGAUGGAAGAUGACAGAAGCAAGUCACCUCUACCUGUGUCUGUGCCUCUACCUCCACCUCCACCUCCCAUGAGCAUGCUCUCUACAGCAUCGUUACAGCCUGCAGAGACGGAGAGGAAGCCCACGGUUAGAAAUGGUGAAGAAAAAAGGGAGGAAUGGUCAGCUCGCGCGGUUGCCCUCUUCCUCGACCUGUACGAAGAAAAGUACUUCGAAAUGGACAGGGGAAGCUUCCGAUUCAAGGACUGGGAGCACCUAGUGGAGCGUUUCAACAUGGAAGGGGAAGGUGGGAAGACGGUGAAGCAGUGCCGAGAUAAGUUGGACUCUUUGAAGAAGCGCCAUAAGUUGGAGAGGGGCAGAAAGGCAAGUACGGGAGCAGAGACGUGCAGCUGGGUGUGGUUUGAUAAAAUGGAUGGCAUGUUUGGUGACCAUGUCAAGCACCAAGGCGUUUUGUUCGGUCCUGAACUAAUUGAUAUGAGAUUUACUGCCGAUAAGUUUCGAAUUGCGGCCGGGGAGAAUAUAGUUACUGAGGAAGAUCAUAAUCGGAGGCUUGUAGGAAGCUGGAAAGAGGCUAAGAAAGUCUUGCAAGAUCUGCCUUUGUCCGCUGAAGAGCGGGGCAAGGCUCGGACUGUGCUGCUGGAAAAAAAAGAGGAGGAGAGGUUAGAGUAUUUUGUGGGUGAUUUUGAGGAGGUUAGCCAUUGCUUGAAGUUGCUGGUGGAAAGAGCUUCCGUUCACCCUCCAGGUUCUUUUCGUCUUUCUGGGAUGUAUAAACCAGUCUAUCACAGUCCUUGUACCCCAGGAGUUAUUCAAAUGGAUUUUGCAGUAGCCACUGAUAUUCAGCGCCGACUUGAGGAAAUCAUAGCAGAUGUGAUUUCGCUCAAAAGGCGGGCAACACCAGAUCUACAGUUUUUCAUGCCUACAGCCAAAAAUAUAAAUUUCAUUCUGGAAAUGAAAUCAGACAUUUACAGAUUAAUCUCUCGGUGUUAGUGAAGCUGAGCAUGCGUCGACAGUAGUUAUGAUCAACGCCAUUACCGAGGUCGUGAGUAGUGGACACCUCGCAAAGAUUGAAUGCUGGAUUCAGUUCUUCAAGGUGUAAGACCCUCUCAAUAAUGGCUUUUCUCUGAUCUCUUGAAGAGCACAUUUCACAUUUCAGCACCAGUCCUCAAAGUGUAUCAGCUCGUGAGUGGUUAGUCUAACCCGCCUUGUGAAGACCUCACUUGGUGAACUUCGCCACGUUUCUGUGUUGAGGUUUGGACAUUUCUACUUCAGCUAGUCAUGAUAAAAAAUACUGCUUGGUAGAGUUGGUGUAUACAGUACUGCAGUGAGAAGCAUGAACUUCCUGAAGGUUUUAUAGUGUACUCUUCUUGUGUAACAAAAAACAAUAGUUAAGUACAUCAGCUGCAUCAAUAGCAUAAAGAUUGUGAAACGCUAUUGCAACCAUGGACAAUAAAGAUUUACAUCACUUCGUUAUGGUUGAUGGCACAGUAAUCUGAAAGCAGUCUACAAUGUGAGGAGUUCAAAUCCUAAGUUUUGUCUCUUAACAGGAGCUCUUGUAGCACAAUAGAGCUCCUAAGGUUGAUUCUAUUAAUAGGUACAUGUUACUGUAACGCAUGAGAGUAGUUAAUGUAGGGUCCUCUCCAAUAUCUCUUGGUGCUCAAUCCUUCAAGUUGAUUGGAGUGAACAUAUUAUGAACGCAGCUACAUCAAAUGGUCUGUAUAUACCUUUUUGUAUUUGGCUCACCAACAUUUUCCAGAAAUAUAAAAUUGGCAUAGCGCUACUAUUGGUACUC